ACGUUCUUUAAAGCUGAUAAACAAAUUUUCGCGCUAUUUUCUUACGAAAUCGAACGAGUUAAUUUUAUCGGAUUUUUUUUUCAGUGAUGAAUCCCUUCGAAUGAAUCUUCAUCGACCUAAAAUAUUUUAUUAUACGUCAGGUGAAUGUUGGAUACAGAGAGUAGACGCGGUACUGGGCUGGAUCAGGGACCAUCGAGGGACCCUUGGCUCGCUAUGGAUUACUACCUGGGCACCGAUAGUCUUUCACUUCAGGAAAUGCUCGACGUCGACAUCAAAUGCGAGAUCGAAGGGGUAAUCGGUGGCCACGCAGAUCUUGGCUUCAAUUUCGGUGAUUUGUCGCCGUUAGAAUUGGACGACAAUCCGGUUGGAUGUGACAACGAUCUCAGCGGAUGGUUCGGUUCCACCAGUUUGCUCAACGGCAACAGCAAUAGCUCUAACAGCAAUUUCAAUUUCGAUUUGAGUGGCGGCGAUGCUGCCUCCAUUAUGGUGAACCCCAAUUCGGUAAUGCCCCACAUGGCCAUCCACAGUCCUACACCAAAUAGUAACAGACGGCACUUUUCUUUCUCGCCAAAGAUAGACGUUAAAGAGGAGAAAAUAGACGUUGAGAACGAGGUAGAAAAUGACGAUGAUAACGAGAAUGACAACGAGAACGACAAUGAUAAUGAUAACGAAAACGAGAAUGAAAACGAAAACGAUCAUGAAAAUGAUAACGAGAAUGAUAAUGAUAAUGAUAAUGAUAAUGAUAAUGAUAAUGAUAAUGAUAAUGAUAAUGACAAUGAUAAUGAUAAUGAAAAUUAUAACGAGAUCGAUACGGAAAUCGAACAGUAUGAAAAUGAUAUAACGGAAACUGAGGAGGACACCGAGGAUGAGCAGGAAUUAACGAGGACGAUUCCGAUUUUAAAAGCAAAGGCGUCUACUACGAUACCGGUAAAUACUGCCGUUAAAACGAUAUCACCUCAAAUAACGAAGGCUCAUUUGUCACCGAAAAUCAAUACUAUAUCCGGCAUAAGGGUACAAAAUUUUAAAGUCCUGCAGAGUCAACCGAAUCAACAACAACCGCAGCAUGUUAGGAAGCAGAUUUACAAUAACAACAUUCACGUCAGCACGACUUCAUCCCCAGCAAUCUCAACGAUUAAUAAAGAAUUUGAUUUGUCCGAUUACGAGGACAAGCUUUAUCCGAAGCCUGCGUAUUCUUACUCUUGCUUGAUCGCAAUGGCCUUGAAAAAUAGUCAAACGGGCUCCCUGCCGGUUUCAGAAAUUUACAACUUUAUGUGCGAACAUUUUCCAUAUUUUAAAACUGCACCAAAUGGUUGGAAGAACUCUGUGAGGCAUAAUCUUUCGUUGAAUAAAUGUUUCGAAAAAAUUGAGAAACCAGCUGGAAAUGGAAACCAAAGAAAAGGCUGUUUGUGGGCAAUUAAUCCAGCCAAGAUAGCGAAAAUGGAUGAAGAAGUCCAGAAAUGGUCAAGGAAGGAUCCAUUAGCAAUUAAGAAGGCGAUGAUAUAUCCGGAUCAUCUAGAAUUACUUGAAAGAGGAGAGAUGAAGUAUGCUGGCAGUGGUGACAUGUCGGAAGAAACAGAAAGUUCUGGCGAUGAGACUGCAGAAGAAAAUGCUGUCUAUGAUGAAUCUAUACACAGUCAUAUCGCAGCUAAUUCGGUUACAGAUAGUUACGAUGAAAGUAGCCAGGAUUGCGACGUUGACAUAACGGAACAACUUUAUGAUGAAAUUGACAUAGAGGAUAAUAAAGAUGCUUUACACAUGCAAUUAAACAUUACUAAACAGGAGGCAAUUGAAUAUGAAUUAAGUCCUAGUACAAAAAAGCAGAAAACUCUAACGGGUGCGAUACAAGGAAAUUACGUAUAUCAACCAGUAACUACUUCUCGAAGAAAAGCGCCUUUACUAUUAAGGGCUGGAACCACAGCAGAAUCUUUUCUUAAAAUUGAAUAAAUUUAGAUAUUAUUUAACAUAUUGAAAAGGAUAAAUGUAUCUAUAAGUAUUAUAUACCCAUUUUUCAGAGGUUUCGAUAAAAACAUUUCAUGCGCAUAGAACAAAAUAAAGGAGAAAAAUUAAAAGUGCGUCAAAUUUUAUGCAGUAUGACGAUCUUAUGAGUUGAGUUUAAGAUGGAUUUCUAUAUCGUAUAUCAUAAUAUCCAUGAAAAAAGUUCAAAAGCUUUAGUAGAAUAAUUGAUUUAUAAUUAUUAUACGUCUUUUGAAUUCUUUUCAUUGUUAAUCGAUAUAAAUGAUCUUCGAUAUAGCACAUCAUUUUGCUCAUAAUAAUUAUUUAAUUUUUAAUAUAAUGUAAACUUUAUAAGAUUAUAAAAGUUAUAAUUUUUAUAUAUAUUACGAUAUGUGUGCAUGGAAAUACUUUUUUGUCAUGCCUCAAUUACCAAGUAAAAUUGUGAGUAGACGCAAUCGCAACAAACAACAUCAGUACUAUAUAGUGUACAUAUGAUGAUGAAAAGUAUAACAAGCAAAGUGGUAUAUAUCCCACUAUAUCAGUUUAACAUGUUAGCUUUUAUAUGAUCGAAAAUAUUGAGUUAUAGAUUUAAAACUUUAGUAAUUUAUGUAACAAACUUAGUAGUAUAUAUGUCAUGCAUUUUAGAUUGUAUAGAUAGUAUGCGCUCAUGAAUUAGCGCUAUCAUAAAUAUCGUAUUUACUUUACACACUGCAUUAGUAACUAUAAUAAGAUAUAUAGUUACAUAUGAAGAUCUUCCAAAUUCAUUGAAUGAUUUCACAAACUUCCGUUUAAUAUUAUUGCGAAUAGUAUAUGUACCGAUCUUGUUUCUCUGUAAUCUCUAUACACGUAUAGUUCUAUCGUUCUAGCACCAUAGAAAAUUUCAAAAUAUCUUCUCUAAUUUUUGACGUAUCCUUCUUAUCGUAGUUCUUACUUUUUUUUUUCUUUUUUUUUUUCCUUUUUUCUUUUUGCAAAAAUAUAUGUAUUGCUUUGCAAUUUUAUAUGUCUAAUAAAAAAAGGUGUAUUGAGAAAACAAAUAAUAACAAACAACAUUACGUUUAUAUUAAAAAACUGUUAUAUUAUAUAUAACUGAACAUUAUGGUAAAAAAAAAUGAGUUUCGAAUGCGGUAAUUUAUAACGUUUUAUCUGUAUCAUCAGCAUUAUCAUUGUUUAUAUUUUGUAACUAUGACUAUAUUUGAAACGAAAAAAAAAAAACGAAAAAAAAUGUAACAUAGAUUAAUAAGUAUUUGGUCAUUGUUAUGUUGGCCAGACUGAUGUAUUAUACUUUUUAUACAUUUCUGAGAUAAAUAAUAAUUGUAAAUGUUUCUGCAAUUAUAUACCUGAAAAAACAUAAGAUUACGUAGUAUCACAUUUAGGUAGAGUACAAAGACGACAGCUAUGGAAUGGUCAGAAAGAAAAAAUUUUUUUAUAGAAUAAGCAGAUGGGAAUUGUAUACCUGAUUUGUUUUUAAGUAUAACAGUAAUCGUAUUCUUAGUUUUUAUUUAAUUGUAGAAAAAUGUUCCUUUCUCAACUUAGAACAAUAUUCAAUUGACAACUUGAUUAUUCGUAUAAAAAGUAUAUAAAUUGAGAUUUCAUAGCUUUUCAGAAUAUUAUUGAAAUUUUUAUAUUGACAAUAGAUAUGGCAUAUCAGUAAUUGAUUUUAAUAUUGUAUAUACAUCUUGCAAGUAAUAAUGCUAGGUUGUAUAACAAAACUACCUUUUUUUUCUUUUUAUUUUUUUAUUUUUUUUUUUUUUAUUUUUUUUUUUUUUUAUUUUUUUAAUUAAUGAUAUGACAAAGCUCACGUUUAUGAGUUUUCCUUAAAAAUAUUAUAAUACAACGUACCUAAUAUUUUGAUUUAUUAACAUUAUUUUAUUGAUAUUUUUGCACUAAUGUACAAAUGUAGGAUCAAUUAAUACAAACUUUGUAAAGUAUCUAAUCGAUAGAAUUCUUUUAAUUUAUUAGAGAAAAAUUCUAUCCUUUCAGAUGUGAUUUCUAAUUGUCCUAUAUAUUUGCAUUAUUUACGCUACGGUAAAUACUUGAUUUGAAAAAAUACUUAAUUAAAAAGUAAUAUUAUAUUCAAAAUAAGUUGUAUAUAAUAAGAGCUAUCUCUAAAUUUAUAUAACAAUAGACGAAAUACUGAUAUACUUGUAUUACAACAUUUUUAGGAAAAUCAAACGUGGUAUUAUAAAUCUAUCAUGUACUAAUACAAUAGAAAGCUUGCUUUAAGAUGUAUAAAGUAUGUUUUAUGAUUAAGAAAUGGGACCAAUCUUUCAAGUUUGAUUUUAUCACACAAAGAUGUUCUUUUUUGUUUCUCAUAAGACAGACUUAGUUGACUCAAAGAUACAUUUUGUAUAGAAAGUAUUUGUAUUACUGUAAAUACUUCUUUUUUUUCUAAUAAACAUUAAUAGAUUUUUAAUCGUACAUUCAUGAUUUUAUUUUUUCAGAAAAAUAUACAUUAAACGAUUUCUAAUAAUUAACAAAGAACUAGCUUAUGCAUAUUUUUCCGUGGAUAUGUUAUGGUAUCGAUAUAAAAUCGUCCCUAUAUAUAAUUGUGCGAAUGAUUUUCUGAACGGUUUAUUUAUUUUUUUCAGCAUUGCAAUGUCAGUAGAAAAUCUCCAAGUAACGUAUUAAAGUUAUAUACACAUUAAUCUCUAUUAAAAGGGUUUUCAGAAGCAUAAUAUAAAGAUUUAAUCACACUCACGUUAAGAAUUUAGGAAAUAUUGUAAUUAAAUAUAACGAUCGAUGAUUUAAUCAUUUUUCAGUUCGCAAAAUUAUAUUUGCAUAAAAAUAAUUAUUAUAAAAAGUAUGAUAGACAAUUAUUAGGCCCAUUAGGCGAUCACGAACAGUGCUAUAAAAAUGUGUGAUAUGUACAUAUGAAACUGAAAAACUUCAUCGUACAACAUUUUUAUAGAAUAACAUUGUAAAUAUUUUUUAAUAUAUACGUAUGUGUGUUGUUGUAUGAAAUAAUGAGUAUCUUAGACAAAGAUAAAAUAGGGACAAAGGAAAAAUACAGUUCAUAAUAUAACAAAAAAUAUGUUACUAUUCUAUUUGAAAGUAUACUAGUUAAGUGCGUAUAAACCAUAAAGCACACUUUUUUAUCACACAAUAUGUUUUAUGAAUUAUGUUUGUAGAGAAAAAAUAAAACGCAAUGCAAUAUACAUACAUACGUAAAUACAGAUUCAUGGAAAGAAAAAAAUGGAAUUAGAAAUAUAGAUUGUCAUAUUUUAUAUCUACCGUCCAUGAAAAAAAGAAAUAAGCAAUAUGCGAUGCACAUUAAAUAUACUGCAUUUUCAUAUUUAAAUAAAAUUUUAAAAGAUACAGAAACGUUGUAAACGAGUUAAUAAAAAUAUAAUGUAUUCAAAGUGUAAAAUAUCAAGAUAUGGAAGUAUCUAUAGAAAUUUCAUAAUCAGUAGGAACACAUUGGUAUUUAAACAAUUAAUAUAUUUCAUUGCAUAUUUUGUAUCUAUGACAUUGCACUGCCAAAAAUGGCCAAAUUAUGUAAAAAUAAAAAAAUCAAGAAGAUCAAUGAAGAAUAAAGGAAAGAAUUCGAAUUCGAAUUAGAUUUGUAAUCAAAAUCUUACUACCAAUAAUUAUCUUGAUUUCGUUAUCAUUCAAGUAAUAAUUAUAUUUUGAUACUUUUCUUUUUUCUUUGCAAAAUUAGUCUCAAAUGGAUCAAAAUUUUGAUGCAAACGAAGAUCUUGAUUACAUCUCUGUGACAGUACAAAAACUUUGAUGCAUCAUUCUGAUUAUCGUUCAUUUAAAUUUGGCGCUUUUUUUUUUCUUUUUUUUUUUAAAUAAAAAAAGAUAAACGUACAUAAAUUUGUAUGAUUGUAUAUGAUUACAAAGUAAUAAUGAUAAAAACGAAGUAACAUAUUUAUUAUUAUUAUUAUUAUGUGCAUAAAUAAAAGUGUACUUUGUUUUAUGUAUUCAAAUACGAAAAUUGAAGAAUAUAAAUAUUCAUAGCUUUGAGAAUGAUUACAUUUAUGCGAUAUAUAAAUAUAUUGCAUAAUCGGUUAAUUGUUAGUUCAUAAGUUAAAAUAAACAAGUAGAAUAGUUUUUGUACCUGUUUGUAACAUUUCUAUAUAAUGUAUAAUCUAAUGUAAAGCUCGCGUAGAUUCAUACAAGUGACUUAGUGCAUAUUAUUAAUAACAUGUAAAUAUCGCAAUAAAACUUUGAAUAAUAAAACAGAUGAGAAAAGCAAAA